AUCUGGUGUCAUCGUGUCCACAUAUGGUUGUAAGCAUGGGUGGAGUUAAAGUUCCUUGUUUGGUAGACACUGGUUCUAUGGUGUCUACAGUUACUGAGAGUUUUUUUACUCAACAUUUUGAGUUAUGGGGUCAGGAGAAACUGCAGUCCUGUCAUUGGCUUCAGCUUAGAGCUGCCAAUGGCCUUGCCAUUCCCUACAUAGGCUAUUUAGAGCUGGAUAUGGAACUCUGUGGUAAGGUAGUUUGUCGGUGUGGGGUAUUGGUGGUCAAGGAUCCCCCUGGUGGUGUAUCAUCACAGGCUCCCGGUGUUUUGGGGAUGAAUGUGAUUAAUCGCUGUUAUGGUGAGCUAUUUGAUCAGCAUGGUUCCACUUUGUUUAACUCACCGGCUGUUUCCAGGGCUCCUGAGUCCAUUAAACAGGCUCUCCACAGAUGCCAUCAGGCCACCACUCGACCGUUAGAUGACGGUAAAGUAAAAGUGUGUGGUAAGAAGGCCCACCAUAUUCCUGGUGGCACACUGAAAACUAUACCAGCCACUUGUUCAGACAGCUAUUCAGGUAACGCUGUUUUGUUUGAAUCUUUGGAUUCCAGCCUUCCUGCUGGGCUCCUCAUUUCCCCUUCUCUGGUCCAGGUUACAAGGGGAACUGCUUAUAUCCCCAUUGUGAAUGUGGGAAUUACAGAUGUGGUUUUACACCCUCGUACCUGUAUUGGUACAUUGAGUUCUGUUCAUGUUGUCAGCUUACCUGCAGGUGUCCAAGCAGUAUCGUCAGAGAUCGCCGCUAUGGGAGAGACCAUUGUUGCUCCUUCCGUCCGUGAGCAAAUAGAGGCGUUGGAUAUGACUGGACUGCCAGCUGAGGAACAGGGUCAAGUAAGAACUUUACUUAAGGGUUAUUGCUCAGUCUUUUCUGCACAUGAUGGCGAUUUGGGGUGUACCAAUUUAGUCACCCAUGAUAUCCCUCUUUUGGAUGACGCACCAGUUAAACAGCGUUACAGACGCAUACCCCCUUCUGAGUAUGAGGCAGCUAAAGAACAUAUUCACAAAUUGCUGGAGGCACAAAUAAUUAAGGAAAGCAGCAGCCCAUAUGCUAGUCCUAUUGUGCUGGUUAAAAAGAAGGAU